AGUCGCGUUGGUGAUGGGAAGAGCGGGUGUGCGGGGUUGACUGUGGUGUGGAAGUGAUGAUGAUGGUGGUGUUGGAGGAAGCGGCUGUUUAAUGUCUGUUGGGGAGUUAGCACCAAUCCUAGAUCAGCCGUUGACCUGGCGGCUGCCUGCUCGAUGACAGGCUGAAUUUGUGUGAUCUCUGCCGGAGUUACAGAGUGUUUCCAGAAUGUUGGAGUCCUAUGUGACUCCAAUCUUGAUGAGCUAUGUGAACCGUUACAUCAAGAAUCUCAAGCCAUCUGACCUUCAGCUAUCAUUAUGGGGAGGUGAUGCGGUUCUCAGCAAACUAGAACUGAAACUCGAUGUACUGGAGCAGGAGCUAAAAUUGCCAUUCACUUUCUUGAGUGGACACAUUCAUGAGUUAAGGAUUCAUGUGCCAUGGACGAAGUUGGGCUCUGAACCUGUUGUUAUUACCAUAAACACUAUGGAAUGUAUCCUGAAGCUUAAGGAUGACGUACAUGAUGAUCAUGAGAGCUGUGGCUCCAGUUCAACCAACCGCAGCACUACAGAGAGCAUAAAGUCAUUAGCUAAAACCCGUCGCAUCCAACAAGUGACCUCAGCUGACCCUGACUUACCCCCAGGUUACGUACAGAGCUUAAUUAGGCGUGUUGUUAACAAUGUGAACAUUGUAGUCAACAACCUCAUCUUGAAGUAUGUGGAGGAUGACAUUGUUCUCUCAGUCAACAUUACAUCUGCAGAAUGCUACACAGUGGAUGAGUUUUGGGAUCGAGCUUUCAUGGAUAUUCUAGCUCCAGAAUUGGUCUUGCGGAAGAUAAUCAACUUUUCUGAUUGCACCGUUUGUCUGGACAAGCGAAAUGCAAGUGGAAAAAUCGAAUUUUACCAGGAUCCGCUUCUCUACAAAUGUUCCUUCUGCACACGUUUGCACUUUACUUAUGACAAUCUCAACUCUAAAAUUCCAGCAAUCAUUAAGAUUCAGGCACUCGUUGAAAGUUUGAAGCUCUCCAUCACAGACCAACAACUUCCUAUGCUGAUCCGUAUAAUUCAGCUUGGAGUUGCACUUUACUAUGGUGAAAUUUGCUCUUACAAAGAUGUAGAAGUGGAGGAAGCAUGUUCUACAGCAAAGGAAACAUCCAUUACUCAAAUAGAUUUCAGUUGUUUCAGCGGAGGGAGUCCAGGAGAAAGCACGAGGGCAGCCUGGGAAGGCACUGAAUCUGAAACAGGACCUCAAGGUCAACAUGCAACCCAGUACCAGAACGUGGAUGCCCAACAGCAGUUGCAGCAGCGGGAUGGUGAUGAUGAUCAAGGUUGGGUAUCUUGGGCAUGGUCUUUGGUUCCUGCACUGGUCAGUUAUUCUGAAGAGGCUGGUGAAAGCUAUGAAGUUGAUGAAAAUGGCAUCAAAAUAAAUUGUCCGAGAUCAUCACCUCCUAAGGAUCCAAUCGUUUCUGUGGGAUUUUACUGCACCAAAGCUACUAUCACUUUUAAGUUGACAGAAAUGCAAACGGAGAGCAGCUAUUACAGCCCUCAGAAAGUGAAAUCCAAAGAAGUGCUUUGCUGGGAGCAAGAAGGGACGACUGUUGAGGUGCUGAUGAUGGGAGAACUUUUCUUUGACUGCCAAAUGGGUUUUGUGGGCUGUAAGGCUUUCUGCCUUAAGGGAAUAAUGGGUGUGAAAGACUUUGAAGAGCCUUCAAACAGAAGUGAAACUGAAGCCUGUUUCUUCAGUUGUGGUGAAAGUCUGAACAGCAAGGGAUUAACAUACCUCACCAAUUCCCUGUUUGAUUAUCGAAGUCCAGAAAAUAAUGGAGUCAGGGCUGAGUUUAUUUUGGAUGCUGCUCAACACAAGGAGACAUACACAGAGAUAGCUGGUGUGCAGCGUUUUGGGGCCUUUUACAUGGAUUACCUAUACACAAUGGAGUGUAGUAGUGGCAAAGGUUCUGUUAGUCAACAACAAGAUGUUUCCGCAAACAAAAGUGAAGAUCUGGGCAGUGUCCAAGAGAUGUCCACGAAAAGUCUAGUUGUAGGUCCAAUGGAGGUUCGGCUGGACAGUAGCUCUGUUCACAGAAUACUAAAGAUGGUAGCCUGUGGACUGGAUCAUGAGUAUGAACCAUACAGCAAACCUCACUCAGAAACUGUGGAUGAGAAGAGAACAACGCCAAGCCAAGAGGAGUUGACUGCUUUAGAAGAGUAUAUUCCAACAAGAUUAACUUGUAUAACUGUUUUAAAAACAACAAUUACAAUUACUCUCGCUGAAUUCAACCUGCUCGACAACCUACUUCCAAUAAUUUUAGGUCAAAAGAACACCAUGUCUUAUUUAAGUGCACCGCAUUUUCACCCAUUGCGACCACUACCUGCCUUGAGAAUACAAGUGGACAAGGGCAGUUUGGAACAUUCUGUGCCAAUGUAUGCUGGACAACUUGUACCUGCUGUUAGCAGCCUUAACCAACCAUCUGAUAACUUGCUGCAUAACUGCUAUGCACACUGUUACAUUAAGAUAUUUGGUUUCCAGGCAGGCCUGACCUCCUUGGAUAGUGAAGGAUCAUUCUGUCCUCCUGUCCCGGUCAUUCUUCCUUUCAGCACAGCCUUUUAUGGCAAAUUACUUCGACUUCCAUCAUAUUGGUUGAAACGUCCAUUUGUCCCGACUACAGAGUGCAUAUUUGAAUUGCCCAGUCUGACUUUACAAGCUACGAGGGCCCAGACCCUGCUGCUGCAAACCAUUUUACAGAGUUGGACACACAAUACGGGAACGUCAGUAUCAUUGCCAGUAGAUGAAGCUUUACUUAAGGACAUCUUCAGACCUUCAGAACGCAACAUCAUGGGAAUGAUCUUGUCCGUCACUCUGCCUUCUCCUUAUCAACAUUAAAUGCACAUCUGAGC